CUAAAAUGACAAACGGAGGGGGCGAGAGGGGGGGCUGGGGUGGGAGGCAAGGGUGGGGCUGGGGUGGGGGGUUUAGGGGGGAGGGUUAGGGGGAUAGAAACCGUCGUUUUGACAAACAGAGUACCAUAAGUAUCCCAAACGAACUGGUGAAUAAGUAACUCGUGGUGUAUAAGCCAACUAAUUGUAUCAACGCCUGGGGUUCUACUUCUACACUUCUAUUGGGUUGGAAAGAUAAGUUUCCAAAGCUAUGGACAAUGAGAAGGACACCUCCCCAAGCUCCGAAUUGGAUGCAGAUAUUGAAAUGAGGUUUUCGGGGAAUCCUCGUGAUCAAUUUGAGAUGAUUCUUUUUGAAUUGCAGAGUGCUCGUAAGGAGUUGAGAAAUAUCAGAAAAGAAACCUCAGAGCAGAAAAGAGCAAAUGACAAAUUGCACUGCUUGGCUGGAAAACAGAGGGUUUGCGCUAUUCUGUCUCUGCUUGUGAAUGAAUAUUAUGUACGUAAGCUACGCUAUCUGUUGGAGCUUGAUGAAAUGCUGACGCUAAAGUCUGAAAUCAUGCAACUUGAAAGUAGAACCAAGGAAAACUAUGGGUUAUUGUUUGAAGCAGACAAAAAGAUAGAUGAAAUUAAAUCGUGUUUGGAAAGGAAAGAGGAUUAGCACGAAGACAUCAAACCACAACAAAGUUUACUUAUCAUGAAGUUGAGCAAAACUAAUGAUGAGUUGCAGCGUGCCUGUAAGGAGUUGAAAACAACUAGUGGACAGAGCGGGCAGAAUUCGCAGGACGUAAUUGAUAAGUUACGCAAUAAAGUUAAUGAAUUAGAAAGAGAACUCGAUGAGAGAAGGGAGAUUGAGGCUGAAUUAGAAGAAAAGAAAAUGGAGGUUGAUGACUUGCAUGCACGGUGCUCAAUCCUUUCAACUAAGCACCGCGAGGCAAAUGUUGAGUUGCAGGAAGCUCGUACGGAGUUGAUAAAUGCCUUGACAAAAUCAACUUGUCGGGCUUCUAUUGGGGUGAAAAGAAUGGGACAACUAGACAUUGAGCCUUUUCUUGCUGCAACUAGAAGAGAAUUUUCCUCACAUGAGGCAGAAGACAGAGCUGCGUUAUUGUGCACUGAGUGGGAGGAGAAUCUGGCGGACCCUGCAUGGCAUCCUUUCACGAUUAAAACAGACAAGAGCGGCAACUAUGAAGAGGUAAUUCAUGAGGAAGACGAAAAGUUGAAGAGUUUGAAGGAGAAAUAUGGUGAUGAAGUUCAUGAUGCCGUUGUGACUUCAAUGAAAGAACUGAACGAAUGUAAUAGCAGUGGUCGGUAUGUUGUUCCUGAGCUUUGGAACUAUAAAGAAGAGAGGAAGGCCUCAUUAAAAGAGGGAGUCCAGCACAUACUCCGACAACUCAACAUAUAUAAACGAAAAAGAACCUGAUGACAGAGGGUAUUUAGCAGUAUAUGGAAGCAACUGUAGUAAGCAGCAGGUCUUGGGUUUCUCUGAAGGGUAUUUAUGGGAUUUUGAACUAAUGUAAUAUUGUAAUGUAUCCUCCUAUUUUGGCAAGUAAAAUGUUAUGUCCAGACUUUGUGUAGACUAAUUGGAUCCAGGAUUUGACAGACACAAUGGUAGAUGUGGUGUUUGAAGUAAAACGAGUCAGUUUUU